AGGCAUCAUGCUUUGAAAACCUGAACCCAUGGUGUCUCUAGCUACAGCUCUCAAACCACUCUCUCCGCUUUCAUCAUUUGUUAAACAACAUAAAACCAGUAACAAUAAUGCUUUCUCUACUUAUUGCACCUAUACCUAUACAAACUCAGGUCUCUUCAAACGAGAAGGAGCCGUGCCUCAGAAGAAAUAUACGUUCGUGGGUGUUCAUGAUGCAUCAGAUCAGGUCGAGAGCUCCUGGACGAUACCAUUGUCCGAGGUUGUGGUGGUCAGAAAGAAGAAAGCAUUUUGGCAAAGGAGUUGGAAUUAUUGGGAUGUGAUCAGGUUAGUCCAAUUCGCUGGGGUUCAUUUGCUGAGCCUCUCGGCUCCAUUUUACUUCAAUUGGUCAGCUUUUCGUGUUUUCUUUUGGAUCGUUGUCAUCAAUGGGAUCUGUAUCACCUUGUGUUAUCAUCGGAAUCUAUCUCACCGAAGUUUUGAUCUACCGAAAUGGCUCGAGUAUCUAUUUGCUUAUGGUGGCCUUCUGGCUUUUCAGGGAGACCCAAUAGAGUGGGUGAGCAACCAUCGGUACCAUCAUAAGCAUUGUGAUACACAACGUGACCCACACAGUCCUAUACAGGGAUUUUGGUUAGUCACAUGGAUAUUUGAUUCAGGUUGUAUCCACAGAGAAGGUAUUAAAUGUGGAUGCAUGCAGUGUGGUGGACAGGAGAAUGCAAACGAUCUCGUGAGGCAGCCCUUCUACAAGUUCCUCCAGCGAACCAUACUUUUUCAUGAGAUGGCUUUUGCUCUUCUCCUCUAUAUUGGUGGACGCAUGCCCUUCCUCGUCUGGGGAAUCGGUGUGGCAAAUGUGGCUCGAUACCACGGGACUUUUCUGGUGAACUCAGUUUGCCAUACAUGGGGACGAGCUUGGAACACACUGACCUCUCUCAAAAACAAUGGGUGGGUAGCGGCUAUAACAUUUGGUGAAGGAUGGCAUAACAAUCAUCAUGCGUUCGAGUUCUCGGCUAGGCAUGGACUAGAGUGGUGGCAGCUCGACUUUACUUGGUAUCUUAUUAAAUUUCUCGAAGCUAUUGGCUUGGAAAACGUUAAGUUACCUUCUGAAGCUCAAAGGAAGACGAUGGCUUGUAACUAG